UUAGUUCCUCUGUAAACCCUACUUCAUCUGAAAAAACAAGAAAAAUUAUCAUUCCUAAAUUACUAGUGCACAUAUCCCAAAAUAUUAAACAAAAGCAAAAGUCAAGUAUCCCUAGUCAAAAUAUAAGUGAAAGUUUCUUACCUGUAGUUAGUACCCAUCUAUCACCAUUUUCAGCUACUAUAAAGUUAUUAGAGGAAGAAAGGAAUUUUGAAACUACUACCACUAGCCCUUUCACCUCAGAUACACUUGAACUACCUGAGUCAACCUUACUAUAUCCUUCCUCAUCAUAUUUUUUCUCUAGUCAAUCAAGUACAGUCCCAACACAAGUAGACCUUAAUAUUUAG